AUGUUAUUUAAGAUUUGGUAUAAUAAUAAAGGAUGGCCAGCAAGUGUAGGAUUGCUAAAUGUAUUUAAUAAUGCAUUAUUACGUGGUGUACUUCUUCAAAAAGAUUCUUCAGUUUCAAUGUUUGAUUAUGGUAUAAUAGCUAUUAAUCAUCCAUUACCACAAAUACAAGUUGAAAUUAAUACUGAUACUUUAGAAGAUGUUAUUACGUCUGAAUUAAUAACAGUUAUAUGUAUUUUAUUUGCAUUAGCAUUUAUUCCUGCAAGUUUUAUUGUUUUUCUUAUUGAUGAACAUUCAACAAAUUCAAAACAUUUACAAUUUAUUAGUGGUGUUAAAGGAUGUUUUAUUAUUAUAUUUGUUGCUUUUAAUAUUGAAUCAUUUGUAAGUCGAACGAAUUUUGUUUGUUUUGUCUUAUUAUUAUUUUUAUAUGGUUUUGCAUUAAUACCAUUAAUGUAUUCAAUAAAUUAUUUAUUUCAAACGGCAUCAACUGGUUUUGUUGCUAUAUCAUCAUUAAAUAUAUUUAUUGGUUUAAUGACAACAAUAUCAACAGUAAUAUUACAAACAUUGAAAAAUGAACCAGAUUUAAUAAAAGUUAAUAAUUUUUUAACAAAAUUAUUCUUAAUAUUUCCACAUUAUUGUUUCGGACGUGGUUUAUUUGAUUUAAGUACAAACUAUCAAACAAAUGUAAUUAGUCUUAGAUAUAUACCAGGUUAUGUUCCUAAAUCACCACUUCAAUUUGAUAUUGUUGGUCAAAAUAUAAUAUGUUUAUCUAUUGAAGGUUUUGUUUUUUUUAUAUUUGCAAUAUUUGUUCAAUAUCGUUUUUUUAUUCCUGAUCGUAUUUGUGUUCGAACACCGAAAGAUUUAAUAUUAUCAAAUGAAGAUAAGGAUGUAGCUGAAGAACGAAAAAGAAUUUAUACAGAUCAUAAUAAUAUAAAGGGUGACAUUUUACGUAUUAUUGAUUUAGUUAAAGUUUAUGGAUGGAGAUUUGGAAAAAAAUUUACAGCUGUAAAAAAAACAUGUAUUGGUGUUAAAGAAGGUGAAUGUUUUGGUUUAUUAGGUAUAAAUGGUUCAGGAAAAUCAACAACAUUUAAAAUGUUAACUGGAGAAAUUUCAAUAACAAAUGGAAAUGCAUUUGUCAAUAAUUAUAGUGUUAUUAAACAAUUAGAAGCUGUUCAUCAACAUAUAGGUUAUUGUCCACAAUUUGAUGCACUUGAUUCUUUAUUAACAGCACGUGAACAUCUUUAUUUUUAUGCUCGUUUACAUGGAAUUAAAAGAAAGAAUAUUUCAUUUUUAUUAGGCAUAUCACUAUACCAAUACCGUUUAGUAUCGACUAGUGCUCAACGUAAAGAAUUUAGAUAG